GGGGCGGCAGCGGGGCCGGCCCCGGGAAGGAGGGCGCUGGGCGCGGCGGCCGCCUCCCUCCUCAGCGCCUCCCGCCCGGGGCAGCGCCCGCAGCUCGGCGGGGCGCCGGCUGGGAGCCGCGGGGCGCGGGCCAUGGCUUACCGGGAGCUGCUGAGGCGCUGGCACCAGGCGGUGCUGGCGGCGGACGACGGUGACUGGGACGCGGCCCUGGACGCCUUCUGCGGCAUCGAGGAGCCGCCGUCCAGGAUCUGCUUCAACAUCGGCUGCGUGCACCUGCGGGCCGGGAGGCUGGAGGAGGCCCUGCGGGCAUUCAGUAAAACAGUUACCAAGGACAACUCGCUUGCUGUUGGUUACUUUCAGAGGGGGUUUGUUUAUCUGCAGUUGGAAAUGUAUGAAGAAGCUCUCUCUGACUAUCAGAUGGCCUUCAGUCAUCUAAGACAAAAUCCUUUCAUUGAUUACAAGCAGCUGGGGCUGAGGCACAUUCUUUAUGCAUGGGAGGUGCUGUACAGCACUGCAGCAGCGCAGUGCCGGCUGCAACAGUGGCAGGAAGCCAAAGUCACCCUAGACAAAGCUGUCGUGUGGAGACCUGAAGGAAGAACAGCAAUGUUGGCCUUGGCCCUUGAGCAGGUGCAGAAUCAUCUGUUUUUAGAGCCUAUGCAGGUUCCCCUUGGAGAAUUUUUCAGACCACGGAAGAAGGAAAUUGAACAGCUGGAUUCAAAAGAUUUCCUAGGUAAACCCAAGGUGAUCUCGUCCAUCAUUCCCAAUGAUGAGUACAUUGGCUUUGAACCUCUCAGGCCUCAGAAACAGGGCUUUUAUGAACCCAGUGCUGAUGCUGUACGAGACCGUGAAUCGGGCUACUAUCGAGUUUUGUCCCAUUAUUACCUUGAGGACUCAGAGAAGCUGGCAGUGAAAGCCAACAGUUUGGUCUUUGUGCUAGCAAGAGGAGCGGAUGGCUGGGCUACAGCCAUACAUGACGGACAGAAGCUGCGCAUACCGACCUCUCUUCUGGAGCCUGCCUCGAAGAUGGAUAUAGGGAAGAUCAGCAUUGGGAUUCCUCUCCCUCCUGCCCAGGUGCCUCCCAACCGACUCCAUGUGAAGCAGACAUCAGAAUCUCCUGGUGGAGUGAAUGCUUCUGCAAAUGAUGCUGGUUCCCAGAUGGGCUUUGAGAUCCCAAACACCCAAGGAGAUGCUUCGUCCAUCCUGGACAGACCAGCUGUGCUGCGAGUGCGUUGCGAGUGCAUGGUGGUGGUGAGGGCAGGUGAGGUGCCGUCUCUGCCAGAGCUGCGGACCCUUCUACGGGAGCGCUUCAGCCUGCAGGCAGAGCGUGGGAGGCUGAGCUACAGGCAUUUGGAUGGCAAAGAACUGGGUGCAGUUUCAGGAGAGGAAGAUCUAGGGAAGAUGUGGCAGCAGCUGACAGAUGGCAGGCUUACACUCUGCUGCCAGGACUCGGACUCCCACUCAGGCAGACCUAUCCUCUACCGGAUGCUGGCUCAGCAUGCUUACCCUGCACAGGGACCAGGGGACCUGGAGUUCAGCAAGGGGGACAUGCUGGAUAUUCUCUCUGAAGUGAACGAGGAGUGGCUUGAAGGACACUGCAAUGGCAAGACUGGCAUCUUCCCCAAGUGCUUUGCAACCCAGACCAGUUGUGGUGCUACCUUCCCAUAGGGAAUAGGAGCCUUCUCCAGCCUAACUGCACAUGGAGCCCACUGCCAUCAGUCCUGUCUCCCAGGGGUAGGAGACACCAGUAGCAGUUCAUUUGGCCACAGCCAGCCUAGCCAGGAGCUCUAAACAGGAAAUGACCCCCACAAACAGAUCCCAUGGGGUCUGUUCCAGCAAUUUGACAGCAUUUACUAUGGCCUGUUCUGAAAUAUGACAUUUUUACCUCUGUGCUUCCACUGCCAAAAAUUUGCUUGUAUGGGGCAGAGAGAGGAAGGAAGAAUCUGACGUUUGGCUAUGGGAAACGUCCAUGCAGCAACCAGAGGAAUCUGCCAGAGCUUGGGAGCUCAAACUACAGGGUGGGAAGAUGCUCCUUUGCCUGGAGGAAUUCACCCCAUCUCCCUUGCUGCUGAAGUUCAGGCUGGGAAGGAUGAGCCUCACUCUAAUGAAGCAAAGGGAAGCUGACUGUGAGGAGGAGGCAGAGCACUCCCUGGCCCCUUGUCCACAUACUCUUAUCUCCACCAGAGAGAGCUGCUGUUCUUUUGGAAGGCUUUUGUAACUAUUUUGCAGUGGGGUAUAUGGGAUAACACCCUGGGUUAGGACCAACAUGGAUCUGCUGGAGCCAAAGGGCUCUGAUCAUUUAUUAGGUGAGAUGUCUUUGAUUUCUUUUUUUUUUUUUUUUUCUUUCUCAAGCCCUUAAAAAGUCCUACCUGGAUUUUACUGCUGUGUGGAUAAGGGUCUUUCAGUGCAGAGGAGAGGUAGCUGUGGAAACAUCCCUGCUCACAGCAGCCCUGGGCUUUGUCAGAGGCUUGGAGGGAUUGCGGAGGGGUCUGACUGGGUAGUGCAGCACUGGGCUGGUAGCUGUAGCUUGAAAGGCUGAAAUGACUGUCUGAUUCCUGCAGCUGAGAUAGUCUGGGCUCCGCUGAUGUAAAUAAAAUACUCAAGUGCCUGGAGCUGCAACCUGCUGUGGAUUAAGUGUCUGACAAAGCUGAGCUAUGUAACUUGAAUAUAGAAUAAACUCUAAGCCAGAGUUGGCAGUUCUUAAA